CACAUACCAAAACCUUCUCCUGCACGCUGCAGACUUUCGACUACCACUCUCUCGCUUGCCCAAUUUCCCGUUGCUCCAUCAUGGACAUAUCUUCUUAAUUCACACCCCGACUGUGAAUUAUACCAGCCUUUUUUUCUUCUUCUCUCACCUCUCUCCCUCCCUUUAUCCCGCCCGCCAUCUACCUACUCCCCGCCUCGGCCUAUCUGGAAGACGCGCUUCUGCACUUUGGGCCGGCUUCUUCUCUCUCUCCUCUCCGCAACCAUCGCCUCACCACCCACCAGCGCCGCUCCAUGGCAGCCAGGACACAGACGGAGAAUUCCCGCCCGGGCGAUCUCCUCGUGGUUGUGCAUGAAUUCCAUGCCCGCAGCCCCGACGAGCUCGCCCUUGCCCGCGGCGAUCGCGUCGAGCUCAUUGAACGCGACGACGACUUUGGCGACGGUUGGUUCCUGGGCAGAAACACAGAGACGGGUGAUUCCGGUCUAUUCCCCGAAGUCUACACCAGACCUGCCCCUAAACCUACCAUCAACGCUGCCCUGCACCAGCGGAACCCGUCCCAAACCCCCUCACAACAUGACCCAUCGCCCGCCGCAACGCCCGACGCCUCGUCGACACCUCCAGCCCCAGCGCCUUUGCCAUUAGCGACUGCGAACACUCCCGCUCCUGCCCCUGCCUCGCAGGAAGCUACCCCCAAUAUGGAGCCACUUCCACUCUCCAGCCCCACCGCCCAGUCCGGCGCGACGAAUCGCACUUCUCUUUCCUUGCCGACAAGAAGCAUUAGCCAAACACUGAGCGGCGACGUUCCCAACGAAGACGAGACCAUCAACAGUCCGGUCAUGCAUGAGACCCUCAGUGUGAUUGACGAGCACAUCACCGAUAUGAGCACACCUCGGCAUAGUGUCAAUGGCAAAGAUGCGCGCGGCAACGAUUCCGGGAGCGAAUACAGCAGCCAUCACCGUAUGUCUUACAUCAACGGCCAAGAGACGGAAGAGGAGGAGCAGGGCAUGCAUACCGAGGAGGAAGUCUCCACAUGGUCUCCCGCCCGUGUCGCCGAAUAUCUGGAAGAUGUGGGUGUGGAGAGGAAGCACUGCGAUAUUUUCAAAGAGCAGGAAAUCAAUGGGGAAGUGCUUCUGGGCAUCGAUCAGGCGACCAUAUUCUUGAAGGAGUUCGAACUGGGGCCGGUGGGACCACGCCUACGGACAUGGCUGAAGAUCAAGGCGCUACAGCAGGAGGUCAAGACAAUGAAGGAAGCGCAAAAGAACAUGGCCCUCUUGGAAGCCGCUCAGGAGCAACCGCCUGCGGAUCCAGCCAGGAAUCGCGCUACCUCUAUGAGCGCAGUCUUGCCUCGCAUUCCCAGUUUGGGACAGGCACAGGGCCAAAUGAAAUCAAAUCAAGCUCGACCGCCCCCUCGGGCAAACUCGACGGCUGGCCACUCCCCGUUGUCUGGUGUCGAAGCCACCCCGCCAUUGGCUCAGUAUUCCCCAGUCUCGCCCAAACGCCCUUCGGCUGCUUCAGUUCGGAGCUUGAAUCACAAUCGUAGACAUUCCUCCAUCGACUCUGCCAUCAACCAACCCCCUCCCACCUCGGCAGGAGCAAUGCGACCGCCUUCGAUAGUACCUCAGGCCCAGGCACACAAGAAAACCCCGUCAUUCGACCGUGGUUGGACCAUGGGAUCACCCCAGGAAGCAUCCAAGAGACCAUCUUCCUCCCACCACGGCCAUUCCACGAGUGCAGAUAUGAACGCGUUUGGUAGUCGCAAUGGCGAGAUCACUCCCAUAGUGACGGAUCUGGACCGCGGAUAUUUCUCUGGCGGAGAAGUCGACAACCGAAAGGCUCGCAACGUGCUUCGCAAGAAAGACAGCCCCAAUCAUUCACGGACACCCAGCCUCAGCAGCGAAGCCAGCCGCCGAAAUGCGUACGGUAGCCGGCGUCAUAACCGGAUGACAAGUGCGGAAUCUGCAUCGGGUGGUGUCAGUCCCUUGUCACCUGCGGCCAAAGCAUACUAUGGCUCCAGCGUCAGAAGCGGACGCAGCUCGAGCAACGCGGAAUACGGUCGACCUGUCAAAUCUCUGAACGAAAUGUCACCCACUGUGACAAAGCUUGAUUACAAUUCUCCUAGCAUCGAUGCCGUUGCCAGGUCGCCUCGACUUCCUACGAGUGAAUCCUCUUCCACCGGCCGCGCUUCCCCUUCCCCUGCCGCUCAAACCCAUUCGCACUCCUUUUUUGGCAAAAAAUCUCGAGCGGUCGGUCUUCGCGCCAUCUCAGACGCCAUUACUGGAGGACAGUCGAACACGAGCAUCGGAGAUUCCAAGGAAUCGCCCUUGCAAUCGCCCACGCGAACCGGUUCCACUACACCGUCGGGCGCUUCAGCAUCAAAAAGCUUUGAUUCCGAUAGUCUCGAUAUCAACAAACGAUUGCCGGCUCCCAACUCCGCUAAGGAUUCUGCUAAGCGACGAUCGAAGAAGCAUAACACUAGCGCAUAUACUCGUGGCCGGGAGCCUAUCAGCCCACAGGAAGCCAUGAAGAACUGUGAUUACAGCGGCUGGAUGAAGAAGAAAUCAUCUAGUCUGAUGACAACGUGGAAAACACGAUUAUUUGUCCUCCGCGGCAGGCGACUCUCUUACUACUACUCUGAAUAUGACACGGAGGAGAAGGGAUUGAUCGACAUCUCCUCGCACAGGGUUUUGCCUGCCAACAAUGAAAGGAUUACAGGGUUUCACGUAGCGCUAACGCGAGCCGCGUCGUCACCCUCGUCUCCGCAGAACGCCACAAUACCAACAGCCGCAGACAAUGCAAACGGCCUCGGGAGUCUUGGAGAGGACAUGGCUGGCAUGUUCAUCUUCAAGCUGGUCCCCCCGCGUGUCGGUCUCCAAAGAGGAGUCCAAUUCACGAAGCCCAUCGUCCACUAUUUCGCCGUGGAUAAUAUACAGGUGGGUCGUCUGUGGAUGGCCGCACUGAUGAAAGCCACCAUCGACCGCGACGAUUCUCUCGCAGUGACUACGACUUACCAGCAGCGGACCAUUACGCUUGAUAAAGCCCGUCAGAUGCGUCAAAGACCACCGGCACUCAUGGAUGACGACGACACCGAGAACCAGUCUGUCGGCGAGAGCAAGAAAAGUGCUCAUUCCAAAGAAAGCCUCCACGAAAGCGUGAUCCACGAGGAGGAUGAGAAGCAAGGCCUGGCCAUUUCGGGCCUUGACGACGCCAAAGCUUUGCUGGACUUUGCCGAGAAUGGAGAGCCUGAAGGAGAUGCAUCUCGUCCUCAAUCAAAACGCAAAGAAAGCAUCGGCAUGAUACCCGGUGUAGUUUCUUGA